CAGGCAGUCCUCCCGGCGUCCCAAUUCAAGGCUAAGGCCCUACCUCUCCACGUCAACGUUACACAUACUCCACCAAGCGCUGGCGACGACGAUACCGUUCCAUCUACUUCAGCAGACCCAGGACAAUUAGGCUCUCUCACCCUUGUCCCAAGUUCGUUCAAUACAGGCAGUUAUGGCUGGAAAGGCAGUAAGCGCCUCACAGUGGAGCUCGAAAAUGAUACAGGGACAAAGGAAAAAGUGCAGGUUAUGCUGACGAUUAACGCUACUGUGUUAAACAGUAAGAAUGCUCCUUCAGAACAGGAAAAAGAUGAAGCGAAAGAUACAAACGGGGAAGCAGCUAAGGAGAAGGAGGAGGGGGAGGAUGGAGGCGAGAAGGAUGGUGAGUAG